AUGGAGUGGAUGAUACCUGUUAAUGAUAUGUUAUGUGACAAAAUUACAAAAUUAAACUCUACAUUAAUACCUCCUGGAUUUCAUGGGGACGUUCGGGGCGUAAGGAUAAUGCAAGAAAGCUUGUCCAAGGUGAUUGACAUCUUGGGAGAGCAGUCAGCGACUGCACAAGGUCUCAAUAGAGUCAUCACUACAGCUGAGAAGCUGCGCAAUUCCCCAACACAUAUUUUGUAUUUACUCAAAGAUGCCAAAGCUAAAGGUGGCAAGGGCGAGGUGAUAGCUCUGUUGAAGGUGGGCCGCAAGCACCUGUUUCUUUUCGACGAGAAGGACAAAGUGUGCGAGGUGGAACCGCUUUGCGUGCUUGACUUCUUCGUGCUGCGUGACCGACAGCGUCACGGUUACGGCAAACUGUUAUUCGAUCACAUGCUUCAGGACAUGGAAGUAUCGGCCCAGGAGUUGGCCAUUGACGGUCCGUCGCCUAAGAUGGAACAGUUCCUUAAGAAGAACUACAACGUUGAACGACUGCUGCGGCAGAACAACAACUUCGCUGUAUCGCCACAGUUCUUUGGAGCUGUGCCUGAGAUGAACAAUAAGUCCGGUCGUUCGACGCCAGCCGUGACUCCUCAAGUCGGCCGCUUCGCUGCUCCUAAACCACCAUCAGCCAUCGCCAAUGUGAUCCACGGAGGCGCCAGCGCUUGCCAGGAGACGAGCAAUGGGUUUAGCCCGUCAGAUGGGGUUAGCCCGGAGGUGACUGAAGUCGAACCGGUUGCUGAGAAUGUUCCAGAACCAGUUCCAAAAGAGGUCGAGGCAGAUCUUGCGGAUAAUCAAAAGAGUCCCGAGAGACCUUGCACUCUUCAGGUGGAGCCGGUACUGGAGGCCUCGCCUUCCGCUGCGCUCUCACCCGCGGGGUCGACGACCUCUCGCCGCGACUCGCAACUCACCGACCGCGGCUACUUCGACGUCAAGUUCUAUCACAACAAGCUGUGGUAG